GCGCUCGGCGGCGCAGCCUCCGCCCCCGGCCCGGGGAGGCGGCCGGCGUGUGCCCGGGGCAGCGGGUCACCAGGCUCCGCCCCGCGCCCGGCAGGGGACGCACUUUGUUCGAGAUGCCGCCUUCCUCAGCGUCGUGGGGCCCGGGCCGGCGGCGGCCGUAGUGCCACCCGCGACCGGAGCGCGGACGCCGAGACUCCGGGGGGGCCGAUCAGCGCGGGAGCCUCAGAACUUUCUCCUCGCGACGUGGGCCUGGCCGGCGCCGUCGGGAUGCGUGGACCCGGGGCCCCGGGGCGCAGGCGCGCGGGCAUUUUCCAUAUCAAGCAAAGCUCCGUACACACGCUUUUGAACGUUCUUCUUAUGGGUGUUCCAUAAUUUGCUCGGCGGUCUGGGAUCCCAAACCACAGGGUGCUGGCUUCGUUAGUCGGUGUUUUGGAAAAGACCACCCCUACCCCCAACCUCUGGAAGACAAAAGAGAUGACCAGCUGCUCUUCACGGGACUCUGAUUACGAUCUGGAACCAGCACAGUAGCCCUGGCGCCAGCCUUGCUGACCAUGGACGGGACGGCCAGUGUGAACUCUGCCGGCCGCCCUCACUACGCCUCCUCCAUCCCUGUGCCUCGAGCUGCUUCCCAGACCAGGACUCAUACACCGGCCGCCUCUCCCCGGCUGCGGCCGCACCAGGCCGGCCUGGCCCUGAGCCAGGAGCAGGCGGCCUCGCCAAGACUGGGCAAGCCGGGGGGCCCUUCCAGAGGCUCGUCUCCCAAGGCCUCCCGGGGGAGAGGCUCCCCCAAGGCCUCUGGGGCAGCGAGGGAGUCAGCUGAGGGGGCUGAAAGCCUCGCCCACUCCCCCUGGAGCAGUCCCAGGGCGACCCCCAAAGCAGCCCUCUCCAGCCGGGCUGGGUCCAGAAGCGCCGGGGAGACGCAGGGCACCCAAGGAAAGAAGAGGGUGGCCCAGGAAGGGAUUCUGACCCGCCAGACCCGGGGCAGGAGCCCCUCCCGGACCAGUUCUCGUGCAGAAACUCAAAUACCAGGGGCUCCCGAAGGUCGAAAGCCAUCUCACCACCCAGGAAAAGAUCAAAGAGAUGUACCCUACAAAAGUUCUGGGGGCCCCGGGUCUUCGGAGCCUGAUGCCCGGGCAGCUUCGGGGCCUCGCUCCCCGGUCUGCAGCCCCGUGCAGGGCGCACGCCCGCCGCCCGCCCCGGGGGUCAUCAGCUUCUCCUCGGUCCAUCAGCAGAGUCAGCCUGUCACCGCUACUGUGGCCCCCUUCCGCUACAGGGCCCAGACCGAUCCGGAGCCUGGCCCCCUCCGCCAGGGCAGCUGGGCUGCUGAUGGCUACUCCAGCGCCCCCAGCAGGACUGAGGAGAGCCUCUCGUGCGUGGACGCGCGGAUCGUCCAUGCGCUCCUUGCGGGCAGAAUGCUGGGCGGCAGCGUCAAGAGCGUGCAGCCCGAGGUGGAGCAGAGCGGCGGCGGCGGCGACGAGGGCGCGGACGAGCCUCGGGGCGCGGGCAGGAAGGCGGCGGCGGACGGCAGAGGCAUGCUGCCCAAGCGCGCCAAGGCGCCGGGCGGCGGCGGCAUGGCCAAGGCCAGCGCGGCGGAGCUCAAGGUCUUCAAGUCCGGCAGCGUGGACGGCCGAGUCCCCGGCGGGCCGCCCGCCUCCAACCUGCGCAAGCAGAAGUCGCUUACCAACCUCUCGUUCCUCACGGACUCUGAGAAGAAGAUGCAGCUAUACGAGCCCGAGUGGAGCGACGACAUGGCCAAGGCGCCCAAGGGCUUAGGCAAGGCGGGCCCCAAAGGCCGCGAGGCUCCGCUGAUGUCCAAGACGCUGUCCAAGUCCGAGCACUCGCUCUUUCAGGCCAAGGGCGGCCCGGCGGGCGGCGCCAAGACCCCCCUGGCCCCGCUCGCCCCCAGCUUGGGGAAGCCAAGCCGGAUCCCGCGCGGCCCCUACGCCGAGGUCAAGCCGCUCAGCAAGGCUCCCGAGGCGGCCGUGAGCGACGACGGCAAGUCGGACGACGAGCUGCUCUCCAGCAAAGCCAAGGCGCAGAAGGGCUCCGGGCCCGCGCCCCCCGCCAAGGGCCAGGAGGAACGCGCCUUCCUCAAGGUGGACCCCGAGCUCGUGGUGACCGUGCUGGGAGACCUGGAGCAGCUGCUCUUCAGCCAAGUGCUGGAUCCGGAGUCCCAGAGAAAGAGGACGGUGCAGAAUGUCCUGGAUCUACGACAGAACCUGGAGGAGACCAUGUCCAGCCUGCGAGGGUCCCAGGUGACACACAGCUCCCUCGAGAUGACCUGCUACGACAGCGACGACGCCAACCCCCGCAGCGUGUCCAGCCUGUCCAACCGCUCGUCGCCCCUCUCCUGGCGCUACGGCCAGUCCAGCCCGCGGCUGCAGGCCGGGGACGCGCCGUCGGUGGGCGGCAGCUGCCGCUCGGAGGGGCCACCGUCCUGGUACAUGCACGGGGAGCGCGCGCACUACGCACACACCAUGCCCAUGCGCUCCCCCAGCAAGCUUGGCCACAUCUCGCGCCUGGAGCUGGUCGAGUCCCUGGACUCGGACGACGUGGACCUCAAGUCCGGCUACAUGAGCGACAGCGACCUCAUGGGCAAAACGAUGACGGAGGACGACGACAUCACCACCGGCUGGGAUGAGAGCAGCUCCAUCAGCAGUGGGCUCAGCGAUGCCUCUGACAACCUCAGCUCGGAAGACUUCAACGCCAGCUCCUCACUCAACUCCCUGCCCUCCACGCCGACAGCCUCUCGCAGGAACUCGACUAUAGUGCUGCGCACGGACUCCGAGAAGCGCUCGCUGGCAGAGAGCGCGCUGAACUGGUUCAGUGAGUCGGAGGAAAAGGCCCCCAGAAAGCUGGAGUACGACAGCGGCAGCCUGAAGAUGGAGCCUGGGGCGGCCAAGUGGCGGCGGGAGCGGCCCGAGAGCUGCGACGACCCAUCCAAGGUUGGGGAACUGAAGAAGCCCGUCACCCUGGGGCACCCCGGGUCCCUGAAGAAGGGCAAGACCCCGCCGGUGGCCGUCACCUCCCCCAUCACUCACACGGCCCAGAGCGCCCUCAAGGUCGCAGGCAAACCCGAGGGCAAGGCCGCCGACAAGGGCAAGCUGGCGGUGAAGAGCGCCGGCCUGCAGCGCUCCUCCUCGGACGCCGGCCGUGACCGCCUGGGUGACGCCAAGAAGCCUCCCUCGGGCAUCGCGCGCCCAUCCACGUCGGGGUCCUUCGGCUACAAGAAGCCCCCUCCCGCCACAGGCACGGCCACCGUCGUGCAGACCGGGGGCUCAGCCACACUCGGCAAGGUCCAGAAGUCCUCGGGCAUCCCUGUCAAGCCGGCGAACGGACGCAAGACCAGCCUGGACGUGCCCAACAGCGCGGAGCCCGGCUUCCUGGCUCCAGGCGCCCGUUCCAACAUCCAGUACCGCAGCCUGCCCCGGCCGGCCAAAUCCAGCUCCAUGAGCGUGACCGGUGGGCGGGCUGGCCCCCGGCCCGUGAGCAGCAGCAUCGACCCCAGUCUCCUCAGCACCAGGCAGGGCAGCCUGACGCCCUCCAGGCUGAAGGAGCCCUCCAAGGGGGCCGGCGGGCGGGCCACCCCAGCCCCCGUCAACCAGACGGACCGGGAGAAGGAGAAGGCCAAGGCCAAGGCCGUGGCCCUGGACCCCGACAGCGUGUCCCUGAAAAGCGUGGGCUCCCCGGAGAGCACGCCCAAGGGCCACGCGAGCCACUCCCCGGCCCCCAAGUCGGCAGAGCUGCCGCCAACCCCCCUCAGGGCCACGGCUAAGAGCUUUGUCAAGCCACCCUCCCUAGCCAAUCUGGACAAGGUCAACUCCAACAGCCUGGAUCUGCCUGCGUCCACUGACGCCCACGCGCCGAAGCUCCCAGAUGUGCACACUCCGGGCCCGGCCGCCGGGGGCCCCCUCCCUUCUUGCUUCAGCCCCAGCCCAGCCCCCAUCCUCAACAUCAACUCCGCCAGCUUCUCCCAGGGCCUGGAGCUCAUGAGCAGUUUCGCUGUCCCCAAAGAGACCCGCAUGUACCCCAAGCUCUCAGGCCUGCACAGGAGCAUGGAGUCCCUCCAGAUGCCCAUGAGCCUGCCCGGCGCCUUCCCCAGCAGCGCCCCCGUCCCCGCGGCCCCCGCGCCCCCCGCCGCCCCCGCAGAGGAGGACACUGAAGAGCUGACCUGGAGCGGAAGCCCCAGGACCGGGCAGCUGGACAGUAAUCAACGGGAUCGGAAUACUCUUCCCAAGAAGGGGCUCAGGUACCAGCUGCAGCCCCAGGAGGAGGCCAAGGAGUGGCGACAUUCCCACAGCACCGGGGGGCCGCCUGCGUCCGACGACCAGCCGGAGCUGCCAUCGCCCCCUGCGCUGUCCAUGUCCCUGGGCGCCAAGGGCCAGCUCACCACCAUAGUGAGUCCCACUGCGGCCACCACGCCAAGAAUCACCCGCUCCAACAGCAUCCCCACCCACGAGGCGGCCUUCGCGCUGUACAGCGGCUCCCAAAUGGGGAGCACCCUGUCCCUGGCCGAGAGACCCAAGGGGAUGAUCCGGUCAGGAUCCUUCCGAGACCCCACGGACGACGUUCACGGCUCAGUGCUGUCCUUGGCCUCCAGUGCCUCUUCUACCUACUCCUCAGCCGAGGAGAGGAUGCAGUCUGAGCAAAUCCGGAAGCUUCGCAGGGCACUGGAGUCGUCCCAGGAGAAAGUAGCCACCUUGACAUCGCAGCUCUCCGCCAACGCCAACCUGGUGGCGGCUUUUGAGCAGAGCCUGGUGAGCAUGACAUGCCGUCUGCGGCACCUGGCAGAGACAGCCGAGGAGAAGGACACUGAGCUACUGGACUUACGGGAAACCAUAGACUUUCUGAAGAAGAAGAACUCUGAGGCCCAGGCCGUCAUUCAGGGGGCCCUCAAUGCCUCAGAAGCCACACCCAAAGAACUCCGGAUCAAGAGGCAGAACUCCUCGGACAGCAUCUCGAGCCUCAACAGCAUCACCAGUCACUCCAGCAUCGGCAGCAGCAAGGAGGCCGAUGCCAAGAAGAAGAAGAAGAAGAGCUGGCUCCGAAGUUCCUUCAACAAAGCUUUCAGCAUAAAGAAGGGGCCGAAGUCCGCUUCCUCCUACUCUGACAUCGAGGAGAUCGCCACGCCCGACUCCUCGGCCCCCUCGUCCCCCAAACUGCAGCACCAGGCUACGGAGACUGCCUCGCCCUCCAUCAAGUCCUCCGCCUCGUCCUCCGCGGGCACCGACGCCCCCGAGGGCCCCGCUCCCCCGGCCCCCCACGCCCGGCUGUUCCAGGGCAGCGAGGAGGAGGAGCCGGAGAAGAAGGAGGUGUCCGAGCUGCGCUCCGAGCUAUGGGAGAAGGAGAUGAAGCUCACGGACAUCCGCCUGGAAGCCCUUAACUCGGCCCACCAGCUGGACCAGCUGCGGGAGACCAUGCACAACAUGCAGUUGGAGGUGGACCUGCUGAAAGCUGAGAACGACCGGCUGAAGGUGGCCCCGGGACCCUCGGCGAGCUCCGCUCCAGGGCAGGCCCCGGGAUCUUCGGCUCUGCCAUCCCCUCGCCGCUCCCUGGGCCUGGCGCUCACCCAUCCCUUCAGCCCGAGCCUCGCAGAUACAGACCUGUCUCCCAUGGAUGGUAUCAGCACCUCUGGUCCAAAGGAGGAAGUGACUCUUCGGGUGGUGGUGAGGAUGCCCCCACAGCACAUCAUCAAAGGGGACUUGAAGCAGCAGGAGUUCUUCCUGGGGUGCAGCAAGGUCAGCGGGAAGGUUGACUGGAAGCUGCUGGAUGACGCUGUUUUCCAGGUGUUCAAGGACUACAUUUCUAAGAUGGACCCAGCCUCGACGCUGGGACUAAGCACCGAGUCCAUCCACGGCUACAGUGUCAGCCACGUGAAACGGCUCCUGGAUGCGGAGCCCCCGGAGCUGCCCCCCUGCCGCCGAGGGGUCAACAACAUAGCAGUCUCCCUCAAAGGUCUCAAGGAGAAGUGUGUGGACAGCCUGGUGUUUGAGACGCUCAUCCCCAAGCCCAUGAUGCAGCACUACAUUGGCCUCCUGCUCAAGCACCGGCGCCUUGUCCUCUCCGGCCCCAGUGGCACCGGCAAGACCUACCUGACCAACCGCCUGGCCGAGUACCUGGUAGAGCGCUCCGGCCGCGAGGUCACCGACGGCAUCGUCAGCACCUUCAACAUGCACCAGCAGUCCUGCAAGGAUCUGCAGCUGUAUCUCUCCAACCUGGCUAACCAGAUAGACCGGGAAACAGGAAUUGGGGACGUCCCCCUGGUGAUCCUACUGGAUGACCUGAGUGAAGCAGGCUCCAUCAGCGAGCUGGUCAACGGGGCCCUGACCUGCAAGUAUCACAAGUGUCCCUAUAUUAUAGGCACCACUAAUCAGCCGGUGAAAAUGACACCCAACCACGGCUUGCAUCUGAGCUUCAGGAUGCUGACCUUCUCCAACAACGUGGAGCCCGCCAACGGCUUCCUGGUUCGCUACCUGAGGAGGAAGCUGGUGGAGUCGGACUGCGACGUCAACGCCAACAGGGAAGAGCUGCUGCGGGUGCUGGACUGGGUGCCCAAGCUGUGGUACCACCUGCACACCUUCCUGGAGAAGCACAGCACCUCGGACUUCCUCAUCGGCCCCUGCUUCUUUCUGUCCUGCCCCAUUGGCAUUGAGGACUUCCGGACCUGGUUCAUUGACCUAUGGAACAACUCCAUCAUUCCCUACCUGCAGGAAGGGGCCAAGGAUGGCAUCAAGGUUCACGGGCAGAAAGCCGCCUGGGAGGACCCCGUCGAGUGGGUCCGGGACACUCUUCCCUGGCCGUCAGCCCAACAAGACCAGUCAAAGCUGUACCACCUGCCCCCACCCACCGUGGGCCCUCACAGCAUUGCUUCGCCCCCUGAGGACAGGACGGUCAAGGACAGCACCCCCAGCUCCCUGGACUCUGACCCGCUGAUGGCCAUGCUGCUGAAACUUCAGGAGGCUGCCAAUUACAUCGAGUCUCCAGACCGAGAAAGCAUCCUGGACCCCAACCUCCAGGCCACGCUCUGAGGGCCCGGCGGCCAGUCACAGGACAGCAGGACGCGGACACUGCUGCGUGCAGCCUCCUCUUCCCCGCUUCCUCCUGGGCGCUGGCUCUCUGGCCACGAGGACAGGAAGGGGGAGGUGGAAGGAGGGGGCGGCUUCCUGGUGCUGCACCUUCAAGAACUCCCGGUGGGACUGGUGGGUGGACCUGUGCCCCAGGUACAUUUCCUGGCCUCCUCUUGUGACUUUGGGGAAAAGAUGAUCCUGGGUCUUUUUCCUUGGUUUCUUGUCUCAAUUACAAAUUCCUGAGCUUUCUGGGGAGGGGUUCAGAAGACAUCAAACAAGCCUGCAGUAGUUCCUAACUGAUGCUCACAGACAACUCAGAGACACAGCGCCGUGGGGGAAUCUGCUGGGGGAGGCGGCAGCUCCCCAGACCUUCCCGCGGACCCUGCCCAGUUCCAUCGCCACUGCCAACAGCUCUCCCCACACCCCGAGAUUUGGCUGCAGCCCAGAAAAAGAAGCAUGUGAUUUAAAAACGUUGAAAUCAAUCUGUAAAGGGUUUAAAAAAAAAAAAAAAAAAAAGCUGAAGCUGGAGGGAGGAAAUCCGUUUGCCUGGGCAGAGAGCGUGCCGCCCGCCCUGCCCUCUGGACCACAUGGGGGCACCGACGAGACGGCUGUGAUCUGAGAAGUUGCCAGACCCCAGAGGUGCCACCACAGCCUUCAGAGAAGCACCGCCGGCUCCGUCUCAGCCUCUAAUUUAACACGCAUGAGUCAAUAAACCCUACUUUUUUUACUUUU